CAGCUGUUCAGUUCUUAUUAUUGACAUUACCAUAAUUGCUUUAUAGUGAAACAUUGAGAACUGUGCUCUCUAUAGCUUUUAGUUGCAAAGACAUCCUAGACUUAUGUGUUAUGUCCUCUGCUCUUUUCUGUCUUUCUCUGCCACUCUACUCUUCUUUUUUCUACCUUAGCUUUCUAUAUACAUUUUUAACUACCACCUUCUUACUUUACUUCUUUAUUCCCUCCAUUUCCUUGUUUGAUUGAUUGGAUUCCUUAAGAUUUUCACCCUUCUAAAAAAGUACAACACUUUCAAUGAAAAUUUAUCAGUUUUAAAAUCACUUCACAGUUAUAUUAAUUAUAAGUACUUUCUUGCAUGGACUACAAAGGUUCUUGACAUAGUUGCCUUUUUUACUUUCAAGAUUUUGUUACUUAACUCAUUUUCAAGAAUUCUUGGUUUCAAAAGAGUGAUGAGGGGUUUCAAGAAUUUAAGUUUGUUGGUGUUUGGUUUAUUGUUGCUGCUUCAUUUUGGUGUUUGGUGCAAUGGUGAUAGUGAAAAUAUGGCAGCUCCAAUGGAGAAAGAUGAGAUAAAUGCUCUUUAUUCUGCUAUUCAAGGUUUUGUUGGUAAAUGGUGGAAUGGUUCAGAUCUUUAUCCAGAUCCCUGUGGUUGGACUCCUAUACAGGGUGUGUCAUGUGACUUGUUUGAUGGUUUUUGGUAUGUUACUGACUUAAACAUUGGACCUAUACAUGAUAAUUCCCUAAGUUGUGCACCAAAUGUGGAAUUUAGUCCCAAUUUAUUUACACUAAAGCACCUCAAAUCCCUUUCAUUCUUCAAUUGUUUCGUUUCGCGACACCAUCAUCCGAUUUCAAUCCCUACAGAAAGUUGGGAAAUUCUUGCUAAUACCUUAGAGUCACUCGAAUUUCGGUUAAAUCCUGGUCUAAUUGGACAAAUUCCCACAACAUUUGGAAGGUUAAAAAAACUACAAUCUUUAGUACUAGUAGAAAAUGGAUUAUCUGGUGAAUUGCCAACAAAUCUUGGGAAUUUAGUAAAUUUGAGAAGGUUAGUUAUUGCUGGAAAUAAGCUUAGUGGUAAAAUCCCAGAUAGUUUUGGAGGGUUCAGUCAACUUUUGAUAUGUGAUUUAAGUAGAAAUUCACUAUCUGGUUUUUUACCUUCUGCAUUAUUUGGAGGUUUGGUUUCACUUUUGAAACUUGAUUUGAGUAACAACAAAUUACAAGGCAAAAUCCCAGAAGAGGUAGCAAAAUUGAAGAAUUUGACACUUUUGGACCUUAGUAACAACAAAUUAUCAGGUGGAUUGACUAAGUCAAUUCAAGAAAUGACAUAUUUGGAAGAGUUAGUCUUGUCAAAAAAUUCAAUAGGUGGAGAUUUGGAGAUUCUUGAUUGGUAUAACCUGAGAAAGUUAACAGUUUUGGAUCUGUCCAAUAUGAAUUUGACAGGUGGAAUUCCAGAGUCUAUAGCAGACCUAAAAAGGCUAAGAUUUAUGGGUCUUAAUGAUAAUAAGCUUAAAGGGUAUGUGCCAAAAAGUCUUGCAAAUCUGGCCAAUGUAAGUGCUAUUUACUUAUAUGGUAAUAAUUUGACAGGUGAACUUCAAUUCUCUGAGUUAUUUUAUGGGAAAAUGGGAAGGAGAUUUGGUGCAUGGGAAAAUCCAAAUCUUUGUUACCCUUUUAGUUUGAUGUCAACAAGGUAUGUUCCAUUUGGGGUAAAACCAUGUGAGCAAGAGGUCAAUUUUGUAAAAGGGGCUAACCUUGCAAAGUCCAAGUUGGUAAAUGGGAAUGUCAUUCAGAAUUCUCAUUCUAUGGCAUCUUUGAAUGAUGAUGGGAUUUGGAGAAGUUUUUUAGUUGAACUAUUUAUGGUUAUUUUACUAUUGAACUUUUGGCCCUGAAAAAAGGAAUAUGGAUUUUAGAAAAAGAUGACAUUGUCAACAGUAAUCAACCUUUUACCUUUUGUUUCUUUCUUGAUAUGUAUUCCCCACAUUUUGCUUUUGUCUUUUAAUAUAUGAAUGAAUGUACAUAUUUGACCCUUGUUA